UCACGUUGCCAUCAAAUGUUACUCUCAAGAUCAUCUGCAUCUACCACCCGCUCUAUCUUGACCAUCUCCACCCGCGCCCUAUCCCUCAUGUCCGAGUCCCAAUUCUACUCCCUCAAGGCCACCAAGAAGAAUAACGAAGUCUACGACUUCGCCGAACUGAAAGGCAAGACUGUUCUCGUCGUGAACACUGCCUCUGCUUGUGGUUUUACCCCCCAAUAUAAAGGCCUGCAGGCCUUGUACGAUAAGUAUAAGGAGAAGGAUUUCCUCAUCAUCGGGUUCCCUUGCAAUCAGUUCGGUGGGCAAGAACCCGGGACCGACGAGGAGAUCGCUACUUUCUGCACGGUCAACCAUGGCGUUACCUUCCCUCUCAUGAAGAAGUCCGACGUUAAUGGCGACAACACGAACGAGGUCUUCAAAUGGCUCAAGUCAGAGAAAGCCGGUCUCUUGGGGCUGACGCGGAUCAAGUGGAACUUUGAGAAAUUCCUUAUCAACAAGGAAGGUGUUGUCGUGAACCGUUGGGCAUCAACCACAACUCCCGAUGCUAUUGACAAGGAGGUCGCGAAGAUUAUUUAA